GAGGCUGUGCUACACCGCCAUCAGAUGGGCAUGGUCCAUCAGGACCGGAAGCCUGAGAAUUUGCUUUUAGCUAGCAAAUCCAAGGGAGCAGCUAUGAAACUGGUAGACUUUGGCUUAGCCACAGAAGUUCAAGGUGACCAGCAGGCGUGCUUUGGUUUUGCUGGCACAUCUGGAUAUAUUUCUCCAGAAGUUUUACAUAAAGAUCCUUAUGGAAAACCAGUGGCUAUGUGGGCAUGUGGUGUCAUUCCCUAUAUUCUACUGGUGGGGUGUCCACCCUUCUGGGAUGAAAAUCAACACAGACUCUAUCAGCAGAUCAAGGCUGGAGCUUAUGAUUUUCCAUCACCGGAAUGGGAUAUGGUGACUCCUAAAGCCAAAGACCUCAUCAAUAAAAUGCUUACUACCAACCCUGCCAAAUGUAUCACAGCCUCAGAGGCACUCAAACACCCAUGGAUCUGCCAGCAUUCUGCUGUGGCUUCCACGAUGCACAGACAGGAGACUAUAGACUGCUUUAAGAAAUUUAAUGCUAGAAGAAAACUAAAGGGUCCCAUCUUGACGACUAUGGUGGCUACAAGGAAUUUCUCAGUAGCCAAGAGUUUGUUGAAGAAACCAGAUGGAGUAAAGGAGUCAACUGAGAGUUCAAAUACAACAAUUGAGGAUGAAGAUGUGAAAGCACGAAAGCAAGAGAUUACCAAAGCCACUGGACAACUGGUCGAGGCUAUCAACAACGGAGACUUUGAAGCCCACAGAAAAGUCUGUGACCCAGGCCUUACCGCUUUUGAACCUGAAGCCCUGGGUAAGUUAGUGGAAGGGAUGGAUUUUCACCAAUUCUACUUUGAAAGUGCUUUGCCCCAAAGCACUAAACCAAUCCACACUAUUAUUCUAAACCCUCAUGUACAUCUGGUAAGGGAUGAUGCUGCCUGCAAAACACUGUACACACAGUACAUGGAUGGCAGUGGAAUGCCAAGGACAAUGCAGGCAGAAGAGACUCGUGUGUGGCACCGCCGGGAUGCAAAGUGGCAGAAUGUUCAUUUUCAUCGCUUGUGGUCACCAGCAGUACCCACCAACUAAAUAUCAACAGUGUCACUUCUGCGUUCUCUGUUCUCAAGGCACCUGGAUGGCGACCCUGGGCCGUCCUCUCCUCCUCUUCAUGCAUGUUUCUGAGUGCACGAAGUUGUGAAGGUCCUACAUGUAAUGCAUAUGUGAUGCAUCCUCUUAUCAUAUAUUCCUUCCUAUACAUUGUUUACACUUCAACUAUGGGGAAGUUCCAUGCAAAUUUAAAUUACUGUU